AUGUGUAAUUCAAAUAUACAUUUGCUGGUGGUUAUUUUGAGCAGUUUCAUAUAUUUCAUUGGACAUGUAGUUGGUAUUGAGGUAAAUAUUGCUGCUAUUCUACCAGAAGAUGAUCGAAGACUCUUUUCAAUGAAGCAUGCUGCGCCUGCAAUUGAAUAUGCAAUUGAACAUUUGAAGAAUAAUACGGAUCUUUUGAACGGUCAUACCUUUAAAGUAAGAUAUGGUGAUACGAACUGCUCACCGGCAAAGGGAAUGAACGAGGCUUACGAGUUCUUUAUAAAGAAACAAGUGGAUGUUUUUCUUGGUCCUGUAUGUGAUUUUGUCCUUGCCCCAGUAGCACGACAAACUAUGUUUUGGAACAUCCCAUUGCUGUCAGUGGGGGCCUUUGCUAAACAGUUUAAUGAUGAUCGCCUGGAUGAGUUUAGAAUGCUAUCUCGUGUAGGGCCAGUGAAUUUUAACUCAAUGUCAAAUGCAUACUUAGAUAUGGUGAAAUAUUUUAACUGGAAUAAAUUCAAGAUAAUUUUUGAGGAAGCGGGCCAAGCUGAAUACAUGGAAGGUAUGUGCUACCUUGCCGCCAGUGCACUUCAUUUUGAAUCCCAAUCAUCGAAACAUAACAUGACCCAAGAUCAUUUCAAAUUGGAAGGUCAUUUUGUAAUAGAGGAUAUUCUAAGAUUAGAAGUUGGGCUUAAUUACGGAGGUUCCAUUCUUCCUUCGACACGUCAAAACCUGUUCCCUAUAGAACAUGCUAUUAUAGCCAUCGAGUAUGCCAUAGAAUAUUUACAAAAUAAUACAGACAUUCUGUAUGGGCAUACAAUCAAUGUCCGGUACGGGGACACAAGCUGUAUCGAGGCCAAAGGCAUGAAUGAGGCCAUCAACUUCUAUUCUGUUCACAAUGCUACGGUAUUCUUUGGCCCAGUUUGUGACUUCGUUGUCGCUGUCGUGGCCAGGCAAGCAGUGUACUGGAAUACACCUAUUGUUACUGUUGGGGCAUUGGCUCAAGAUUUCGCGGCUAGUCGAAUGAAGGAAUAUAACCUCUUAACACGUGUCGGACCCGUGACGUUUGACUCAGUUGCAAGAUCAUUUCUUGCUGUGUCUAAGUUUUAUAACUGGGUGAGAUUUAAGAUAUUAUAUGAGGAUAAAGGGCAAGAUGAAUACAUGGAAAGUGUGUGUUUUCUAGCAGCAAAAGGUUUACAUUUGGAAUCUAGAGCUACAAUGAAACCGGAUAAUUACAAACUUGAAGAAAAUUAUGACAUCGAAAGUAUUCUCAGGUCUGAAAUAGGAAAAUCAUAUAGUGGUGAGUAG